AAGUCAGACGUGUUUUUGAAUUUUGAAGAUGUCAAACUACAAUGUGAUUGAGGGAACAGAGCUUAACUAUGAAGAGAUUCUACAAGUAUUCGAUAGAGAUGUCGAAACGAACUCUUACGAUGCCGGAGUCUUUAAUCCUGGUCAAUACGUUAAUCCAAAGGAAACAGAAACAAUAAGUGGAACCCCGAUUGUGGUGGAAGGGGAAGAUGUAGACGAGAAUAAAACAAAUGUUGCGCUAUUAUAUAACAAGAAGGCAUUACUGAAAACAGCCUCGACAUAUCAAUUGGAGGAGUUUGAAUCAAAUGUACUACUUAUUUUCAAUCAAGUAAACUUUGUUAGUCACGACAAAAGAUUGGGCACGGAGAAAGACGUAGAAGCAUUGACGAAAACAUUUGAGCAAAUCGGAUUCACUGUGGAAACCCCGUUUACUGAUAAAACGGAAGAAGAAAUUAAAGCAAUAUUAUCAGACUUUACAAGCAAAGACUUGUCUGAUUAUGGGUGCAUAGCAGUGGCAGUACUCACCCACGGCUCAGAGAAUGGUAUGCUGAUGGCGGCAGACGUCUCGUACCCUGAACAGAUGAUCGUGGAUUACCUGAAAGUAGGAAGGAAUCCAACGUUAGUUACCAAGCCGAGGAUUGUAAUAAUUCAGGCUUGCAGAGGCGAAGGCAGUAUCGUGGGUGUCAAUGUACUAGAACCAUACACAUUGGUGUUUCGUGACAGCAUGAAGAAACCGGAACCCUACACAUUGCCUAUGGAGUCAGAUAUCUUGGUCCUACAUAGCUGUUAUGCCGGAAAUCCUGCUCACAGGACAAACGAAGGUUCAUGGUUCAUAAAGACCCUGUGCGAGGAAAUAGACAGGCUCGCGGCCACGGAAGACCUGGAGUCAAUCAUAACUGUGGUCAAGCGGAGGGUGGCCAUAGACAAGACAGACAAAAAAUACGACACGAUAACAAUGGAGCAUCUGAACAACAAACAGAUGCCGGUGUCCACUUCGACAUUUACAAGGAAAUUGUACUUGAGAAAGAAUAAAAAUGAUUCAACUAAUUCUGAGGUCGACUGUAGUGAGAUAGUUGAAUGUACGCCACAAGAAACUGCCAAUGUUCCCAUGAGGUGCGACUGUAGCUGGAACCGUUUCGAUUCUAUGGUUAACUGUUUAAGAAAAUAUGUCGACGCAAAACCCGACGAUAAUACAGCUGCAGAUUAUUUACAAUUGGCUGAAUCUCUUCUAGAAGGAUCGCAAAAUGUCACAGUGAAAAGUCGACUUAUUAAGAUUAUCAGCAAACAUUUGUCUUAUCAAUUAAACGCCCCAUAUCUUGAAUAUUUAUACGAAAACGAAGUUUCAUGAAUUUUUAUAUAAGGCAUUAUAAUAUAUAAGUAUAAAUAAUGAAUAGUCCCAUAUUAAUUAAUAUUUGUAUUAUUUAUUAACUAAUAUAGAUUAAUUAAACAAUAAAAUGAUUUAUAUAUUUAUUAAUUUAAUAUGUACUAUGUAUAGUUAUUUAUAUAUGUAUUGUGUGUGGUAUGUCCAUGGUAUUGCUCAUGUCUAUAGGCGACGGUUACCACUUUCCAUCAGGUGGACCGUCAGCUUGUUUCCCAUUCUAAGUUGUAUAAAAAAAAAAAAUAUUUUUUGUAAGUAUAUUAUUCUAUAUGUAUAUCUUAAAUUGUUGUUAUCUCUCAAAAUAUUUAUUUAAUUUACAAUUUUUUUUUAAAUCUAUACACCGCCAUUUACUCUCUCUCUGUUUAGCGUAACGGUUGACUGGUAGAGAAUGCUAUCAGGCAUUAAGUCUGCCCUAUAGACAUAUUUGAAUGUGUGCAAAAGUACAAAUAAAUAAACAAAAUAAAUAAAUAUGAUUGUAUUUUAUUAUAAAUGUAUAUUUUCUUCAAAUAUGGGAAACAUCUUUAGUGGUUCCUAUGCAUAAAUAUAGAAUUAAAGUUAUAUAAUAUAUCAA